AACAGGGAAUUUUACCAUCCUUUUACAGCUUCACCAACCAACCUCUAUCAUGUUCGCUCGCAUCUCUACUGUCUGCGUCUUCCUCUUUUUCGCGCUCUUCGCAGCUGCGACACCAUCUCCCGUUUUUGCGCGCGGUUCAGGCAAUUCUGGGCAAUGCAAUACCGGACCCAUCCAAUGCUGCAACAGCGUUGAGAAUGUAAGUUUCAUUAAUGAUAUAACUUUCCGCCUCUCUGGCUUCUUGGGAUCGCUUGGGAUCCUUGGUCCUAUUACUGGGCAAAUCGGACUCAACUGCAACCCUAUCACUGGCAUCGGUGCCGGACUUGGCCCCCAGUGCACCUCGCAGCCCGUCUGCUGCACUGACGCCCAUUUCAACGGUCUCAUCAAUGUGGGUUGCAGCCCGAUCAACAUU